AUGUGUUAAUAUUUAACAGCAAAGUUGGCCGAGAGCUGCGUCAAAUGGCAGGUCCUGUGUUUUGGCCACUGCAGUGUAACUGACCUAUUGGCCAACUUUUGUACGAAGCGCUGUUAACGCUCUGUUAGCCGGGCUCUCAAGGCUCUUGGCGCACAUGCUGCCGCAUUGCUGUUGAUAUUUUCCAUUUGAUGUUGGUGUUAAAAUUAAAUGUUAAAUUCCCCGCCCACUCACUUUCGAUUUCAGUCGCAGUUCGAGGCCCAAAGCGUUCGCAGCUGUUGCGGCGAGAUUGCUGGAAAUUGGCGUAUAUAUAUUAAUAACGUGCUAGUCGGGCAUCGAAUUAAAUGUGGCUUAGGAUCGUCUGAAGUUUUUGUCCCCCAACCCCAAAGAAAGUAAUAUGCCAAAUUAAAUGGCGCGUGCUCUUGAAAUGAAACACAAAACAAAGAGCAUGUAAAUGUAGAUGUAUUCCCAGGAUACUUUAGGCCCGCUAUUAGCCAACUUAUGUGUAUAAAUGUAUAUGUGUUUUUACGCACACUGCAGGAGCAAACACAACAACAACAGUUUUUUUGGAGGCUGCGCGGGUCGGCCAUUUUUGGUAGGCUUCGCAUAUUUUUUUCUGCCUAAAUUUUUCGGCAACAUGUGUUCCUCUUUGUGUGUAUUUAAUGUAAAAUUUCCUUAUAGUUCGGGCUUUAAAAUAAACGCAUAAAACUAGGAGGCCAGGAGGGCCAGAAGAAGAGUGCUCACCUAUAAUAACACACCGAAACGCUUAGCAUAAAGUAAGAGUUUUUCGCUUGGGCAGCGGAAGCAGAACCAUAAAAUGUGCUCUCCACAAACAAAACAUACGAAACACGGCGAGAAAAGAGUAAUUCUUUCAUAUGUUGCACUUUAAUAUAUAAUUUGUAAAAACUUGGCAACUAUUGCUAGUGUACUAAUAUGUCUAUUAGAUAUUUGUUAGUCCCUUUCUGCUGUAAAUAAGAUAAAAACAAUACAUUUUCCACUGAAAAAUUACUCAUACGCCAUGUAGGCUUAAACGUAAAGUAUAAUGAACUGUAAUAAUGACCUUGUAAAUUUAGUUACAAGUUUGCCAAGAAUUUUAAUCGUUUCCAGUUAAUACUUUUUCAAUGUGUACGCAGGAAAACUACAGACUACUUAGCAGGAUGGCUCGUAAACAGAGUGCGCCUAACCGCCCACUAACACCCAUACCCCACCCACACACAUGCGUAGAGAGGCAGGAACACAGUUGUGAUAGAAAACAGAUGCUUGAAAUAUGCAACAGCGUAUAAACAAGAGACUAAGGCUAGCCAGAUUGACCAAGUGCGAUGCAGGUGUCUCUGUUAUUAGCACUGACCUAUAGUGUUAGCUUAACAGUCGCUGUUAAUCGCGGCAGCAGAGAGCCGAGCCGAUGCCAAGGGUAAUUCAGUGCUGGGCGAGAUUUCCAUCUGUGGACACGUCGUUGUCGGUCGGUCAGCGGUGGCUUUUCCCGUGCGAUACCACAAGAAUACAAAAAAAGAGAAAUAACCAACGUGAAAAAAAGACAAACGUGUUGGUGUGAGUGCUCGUGUGUGUGUGUUUGUGUUGGUUAGCUCAUAAAAGAUUCAACAGCCUGCCGAGCUAAAAAAUAAAUAAAAAGAUAACAACGUGUGUUAAACAAAAAAAAAAAAAGAGAAAAAAGAAAAAUUAUACAUAAAUAGCCAAGGAGAAACAGGAAAAAGUAAUGCUAGAAAGUGUUAAAUAAAACAAAAAGAAAAUAAGGUGAGAGGCCAGAGCAUCAAUAAAAAGAAUACGUAGCAGUCUAAAAUUAAAUAAAAACAAUCAAAUUUCGGAUGAAUCGAAAAUUAACAACAUAAAAUUCGACAAGAGCUGUAAAAAAAGGAGCUUUUCGUCCCAUCUCUUUCUCACCCGCUUUCUUUCCUUGGAGUAGUCCCCGAAUGUAACGGUGCAGCCGUCGCCUUUAAGCGCCACUUGAUGCCUUCGUGACACACAAAAGAGAAUCUGUUGAAAAGGCAAUUGAGGAGAAGAAGAACGAGAACGAGGUAACCAGUGGGGCGGCGGCGAUGACACUGACGCAUCCAAAGAUGUCGCCACCCAGAUGACGGGCAGGCAUCAGCAGGAGGAGCCGAAGAAAGCACCACUACCAACAUCACAACCCCGAGGACAAAACAAACCGAUCAACGUGUCAACGCGUCGAGUAGAAUGCAAAUAGGCGCUAAAAACAUCAGCAACAGCAGCAGCAACAACCGCCUCAAACCGCCAGUGCCAGAGCCUGAGCCUGUGCCUGUGCCUGAGCCACCCAUUGAGCCAGCCACCAUCCAUCUAGGCCAACAUGGCGGAUGCGGACGAUAGCAAGAGUGGCAGUGGUGGCAGUGGGAGUGCUAGUGGUCAUGGAAGUGGCGCCGAAUCCCUGCAGCUGCUGACCAAACUGGACAAGGCCGUCUCCACCAAUGAUGUGCUGCUGGAUCUCCAACGGGCGCUCACCUACGAGGCUGUCUUUAGCACUCUGGUGGAGCACAAGAUGCAGGCUCUCAAGCGGGACUACGAGGAGCACAAGAAGGCCAAAAGGCGCAAAAGGAAAUCAAUCGGCCGCAUUUUUCUGCCCAAGAAACUCUUUGGCAGCAGCAGUCGUCGAUCCAGCAGGGAGGAUACCCCGCCACCGGAGGAACAAAAAGUUCGGCAAUCACCACCAGCCACUAGUAGCGGUAAGACCAAGGCCAAAACAAAAACCAAAGCCCGGACAGAUGAUAUUGAGGAGGCAUCUGGCUCAGUGGCCAGCUUGCAGCGAUAUCAUCCAAAGCGCCCGGAGAACUUGGAAGACAGCUUGGCCAGCACGCUGAGCAACUCUUCCGGAGCCCAGCGUCAACAGAGGCACAGCCAUAGUUUACUGGUUCGAGCCCAAACCCAUACGCCUGCACACCAGGUGGAAAUGGAUGCGGAGCGGAGAUCCAUUAGCUCGGAGGGGGAGGUCAGAUCCAAGGCCCAGCUCCCCGCUAAACAUUCCACAACGAUUAACGGCGAGUCGGAACUACUGCCCCCGAUUUCCGGACACGACAAUACCUCGACGACUGCCACAGCAACUGCCACAGUCACCGCCACGGGAGGAGGCGCCUCAGUCAGUGGAGGAGUCCUUCACAGCUCCACGCUGGCGGACGACAGUUUAACCGCCUCAUUACGCGGCAGCCUUGAAAGCCUCUCGUACAGCAGUUCCCGCUGCACUGUUAGCUUUGGCGGAGCGGAGGUGAUUACCCCUUCCGGCACAGAGGCGGAGUCUAGGGAACGGGCACGACUGGCCAAGAGACUGAGGAUCCUGGAGGCCAAGUCUAUUAGUGCUCAAUGCAGCCCCAUCUUCCCCAGGCACGUGGUCCGCUCAUUUCCGAUGCAGUCGCCUCAACAAGCGCGCCUGCACAUCAACGUUCCCUCCAGUUUGGCCAAGCCGCAGCCGCAGUUGCAGCAACAACAGCAGCACCAGCAAUUGCAACCUCACGUGGCCUUGGAGAUUGAGACGCUGCCGGCUCCAUUACCGCAGCGAAGGCGUCUGCUGCCCAAGCAGAUAUCCUAUACGGAAAGUGGAGCAGCUGGGGACUUUGGGGUAGGAGGAGCGGAGGCCUACACCCGGUACUUCUCUCGCCAGAACACCUCUGAGGAUAGUGCCAACGUAACGGUGAGCACGGUGUUGGCCCAGAGUGACUCUCAAUCGUUGCAUGCCACGCCUAGUUAUGCAAAUACGCCCCCGGCAACGGGCAGUAGGAUACAGGAACGCCGCAAGUCUCGCAGCACUGGACUGUUGGCAGUGCGUCCUCAAUUUGGUUUGGAUCCCAGUGCUGUGGUGAUUUCCAUGGAGGAUGGUAGGGAGGAGAUGGCCAGAACAAGGACGUUGGUGCCCGAAAAACUACACCGGAUGACCUCAACGUCGACAGGUUCCAGUGUGGCCGCCACCGGCUGCUGCAGUGCAACGAAGCCGAAGGAGAAACCAAGCGAAGCCUUCAGGCCAUCCGCGAUGCCCUCCUCCGCUGCAAUGACAACGGCCCAGAGCACGGGCAGUGACGAUGAGUACCGCCGGCGGAAGCGGAAGUACAAGCGCCAUCAUCGCUGCUCGGAUCCCGCUUUGGUCUAUCCCACGCCCAGCGGUCUCCAGCAUUAUGUGCAUGUGCUGGGCAUCAAUCCGGACACACAGCAGCCCAUACAAUGCCCUUACGGUGAGGACUCACCCUGUGACCUGCAGCUGGACAUGGACAUGGACUUGGACCUCGACAUGGACGAUGCCGAUAAAAUCGAUGACCUUGAGCAGAUGGUCCCCAGUGGUCAUCAGCGGCAUCGCCGAAAGCAUCGACAUCGCCACAAAAAGCGACAUCGGCACAAAAAACCAAAAAUUUUGGUGCAGGACUUGGACACAGAGGUUGUUAAGGUGAUCGAUCCUCAUGAUCUGUCCCAGCGCGCCCGCUGGACAAUAAUUGCCACCGCCUGUUUGUUGCUGCUCAUGUGCCUCAUGCUGAUUGGGGUUACUUUGCGAAUGGCUCCGAUUAUAGAUGAUAUGGUGCGACAGGAGAACGAGCGAAACUUCCGAGAGAAUCUGGAGCGAACCUGGAUGAUGAAGAACCGCACCGAGCUGAAUCUGCAGCGUCAGCAGAUGGAGAUGCAGCUGCACGUCGUUCCAUGAGCGGAAGGAAGGAAGUGACACCGCUGCACCAGAUGCGACCAGAACCGGAUGAGAUGUCAGCGCUAGCUGGAAAUGUCAGCGGUUGGCAGCAAGAACAACAAGUUUGUGGCAGGAAGCCGGAGGACCCUUCUGCCUUCUUCCCUACUCCCCCCACUCCUGCAAUUCCCCAUUUUGCCCCGCCCUAAUCAAAGUUAUGCGCACAAAAGCUACAAAGAAUAACAAAGAAUACAAGAAAUCGAAACAAAAGAAAAAAAUUGUUAACUAAAAUUAAAAAUAAUAAACGAGGAUGGAGCACUCCGAAGUGCUCGGCUAAAGCUAAAAAAAAAACUUAAUGCUAAUUGUAGUUAAGUCUGCCCAGGCGGAAAUCACUUGUUUUAUAUCUAACUGAGAGGUAGACUCCACUUAGAGCAAACCAAAAAAAGAAAACAAAGGAAAAUACAAUGGUCGAAGAAAAUCAAAAGUGAUGCAGUUUAGUCAAUAGUUAAAACGUUGUUUAUAGAGUUACUUCGAUGGCAUUUUAAAUGUUAGAUCAGUGACGUUCUGGUAUACAAAUUCGCCUAAAAACCAUUCUCCCCAGGGGUAUAAAAUCACUUAAGAAUGUGUCUAAAAAGAUGCCAUAAGUAGUUUUUAUUCCAAAAAACCAAAUGUACAAAAUUAGUUUGUACUAUUUUUCACAGCAUAUUUCAGGCACACUUUUAUGUGGUUUUCCAUUAAAGGAGAAAUCUUCAUAUUUGCAAUUUUUAAGUUACAAACUCAGUUAAAAAAUUUCCGAAGAGAUAUACAUUCAAAAACGUUUACUUUCCGGCAAAGUUGUUUACCAGAACGGACUCGAUUGUCCUGUAAUUAUUGUGCUUAGGAUAUGAUCUAGUUGAGGCUGCAGGACGACGCCAAGUGGAAGGAGCAAUUAAGCGAAAGGUUUCGAUUGUUCAGUUGAUUAGCCAAAUGGUUUCAAUUUUUCUUUAGCAGAGCUUUUCCCUCCUUUAGUUAUCCCACCCGAAAAGUCUUCUCCUCCUGAAUGGCGUCGACUUGGGCAGCUGGCGAGAGAAAAAAAAAAAGUUGGUCAAUAGUUACGUCUGAAACUAAGUUGUUAACUGAAAAGUACUCCUAAGUAAAUGUUAAUUGCAAUAAACAACAGAAAGUUUUUGUAUCUCUUAGACGACGUUGAACGAAGAGGAGAGUUUGGAGGAAAAGCGAAAGCAUAAGUAUCGAGUAUUCCAAGAUACGUUUUGAGUAAAAAUACGAUUUUCAUAGGUUAACUAACAAUAAUUGUAAAGGAGCAGCAAAAAGAAACAUUCAAUAGAAUUACUCAUACUUGGAAAAUCAACUUGUGCCAAUGGAAACCUACAAAAUCCUAAUAAGAAACCUGCUAAAAACAAAAUGUGGCAUAGCGUAAAUUAACAAACAAUUGAAUAAUAAUAAUAAUAAUAAUGAUGAUACAGAAAAUAAGAAGGAAAAGUUAGAUAAUUAGCGGAUCGAUGUGAAACUGUUACUUAAGUGCAAAACGAGCUUGUUGUCGAAUUAAUUUUUAAAUGGAUUUAAACUAAGUGAAACUAAGCUAAAUGUUAAAUGUUUUUUUAGGUGUUCAAUGUUACAAUUAAUUUGUGGUCGAGCAGCUAGAAUUGAUUGCCCAGCCUUUACCAAAUGAAUCAUUUUACGAACCUGUGCUAACUCAGUUGCGAAGUUUAACGACAAAAUUUAGCUUGAAGCAAACUUCUAUCGGUUUCAGCCAACAGAGCGUUGAAAGCUUGAAUACAAACUUGUGAACGAACUUCCCCCAGUCGCCCCACUCUCUCUAUUACUCUCUUUGCCCAAUUAACAAUUAGCCGGAAACGUAUUUUACAACGCAAAUAAUUCCUAAUAUUCACCCUAUUAAACAAAGGCCAUUUAGUAGGUUUUUCGAUUGUGAUCCACAGAUAGGAAAAUUAUUUUGUAUCCCACAAGAUUACACAGACAUUGGCACCUGCAUAAACAUGGUAGAAAUGCAGAGAACAAAACAACAAGAUUUGCGUUCCGGAAAAACACACACAGUUGAAGAAAUAUCUUUCAGAAAGAUCUUUUUGUUUUAAAUAUUUAGAUGCCAUUUGUUAAGCCAAUUUUGUAACCAAACCUUUUUAUUCAUUUCGUUUCAUUUUUGUAUUUAAAAUUUUUACUAAAAAUGACCCACGAACCAGCCAGAAGUUCUUAAUGAACUUUCCUACCAUAAACUUUAUUUUCUCAGUAUAAAAUUUUCUCCAAUUUUGUGGCAUUUGGCUAACGGGGGAAGCAUUCGUUCAACGAUGGGCAGGACGAAAACAAAUGGAAAGCUUUAAAUUAGCUCAAUAAAUUGUAAACUUAAACAUUUAAUCGACUUAGAAGCGGAUCGUUGUUAAAUGCAAUGCAAGUAUGUCAAAGACAAAGACUCACACACCUCAUUCAGAUUUGUAAGAUAUGCAUUUCGGUCUACGAAUAAAUCUCAUAUUUGACCAGAUACAGAGGCUAAAUAACAUAGAUACAUUCAAAUUAACACAAGGCAACCGCAAAGGAUACUUAUAAUAUAAACAAUCAAACAAAACAUUGUACUUAGUAAUUGCAUUUAACAAGUGUGUGUGUGAGGGAUGAUAUUACUAGGUUCGCAUAUAAUUGAUUUAACUGCAUGCUUAAACUAAAACGAAGCUAAACGGGAUAUUAACUGAGAGGUAAUGGAGGUUAAGAGGGAAACCUAAUUAAAACAAUACAACUAAUGUCUGUAAUUAUGGCUAGCUAAGUGUAAAAAUGUAAGCUGAAUUAUUAUACAACCAACUACAAUCGAAGCAAGUAAAUUGAUGUAAUUGAAAUACUCGUAACGUUUUAGGGCAAUGAAUACCAAUGAAUAAUGAAUAAAUGACACAGGUUAAAAAUAAAAAUAAAUAAAAAAAAUAAAACACAAAACCAAAAACACGCAGCAAAAAUAAAUUAAUGAUUAACGAAAUUAUUUCUCGAGAAAAAAUCAAACUUUUUAGCCUUUGAACGAGAGACUUUUGGUGCCCAAUCCAGUUUGAGCAAUUAUUUACAAAUGAAAAACAAAGAAAAAAACAAAAAACAAAUAUAUAACGAAAGACACAAACACACACACACAACACAGUAUCACAACACACACAGAUACACACAUGCAGAUGUAUUGUAAAUAGAAGAACAAACCAAAUGAGUAAAUACCAAGUAGGUACAUAAAUAAAUAAAUAAUGAGAAGGCUUAUCCCAAGUAAAUCAACAUUAAAUAAAUUAACAAACGGAAAUCAAACAAAAACAGGUAAUACUUCAACUUGUGCGCAAGGAAUCAACUUUUACUGUUAAUUGUUGCUGGCAAUGCGAAAAACGCAAAGCCAACCAAAAAAGCGAAAAACCAAAAGCGAAAAAAUUACAAAAAUAAACCAUGAAAAAUGCAAAUCAAAUAUAUUUAAAAAUACAUUUGAACGCCUUCAGCGUUUUAUUCAUCAACCAAGAAAUGUUGAAAAUCGAAAGAAAAACUCAAACAAAAGCCAUACAAGCGAUAAAUCAAUUUGUGUCACCUGUGUAGUAAGUAUAUCUCAGUAUUUGUAACUGAAAAUGAAAAUGAAAAAGCGUUGAAGUGCAGGCAUCAACCACAACAAACAACAAACAAAAAUCAAAUGAAAAUAAACUGAAUUUACAAGUGAA